AUGGGGGUCUGGGGAUGGGUGCUGGCACUGCUGGUGCUGGGGGCCGGGGGGCAGGGGGGGGCAGGGGACGGCCUGGACUUCCCCACAUACGACGGGCUGGACCGGGUGCUGCCCAUCACCCUGAAGAACUACAAGGCGAUGCUGAAGCGGUUCCCGGUGCUGGCCCUGCUCCACCACCGCCCCAGCCAGGGUGACCCGGCGGCCCAGCGCCACAGCGAGAUGGAGGAGCUCAUCCUGGAGCUGGCAGCCCAGGUGCUGGAGGACAAGGGAGUGGGCUUCGGCCUCGUCGACUCUGAGAAAGAUGCAACUGUGGCCAAAAAGCUGGGCCUGACAGAGGAGGACAGCAUCUAUGUGUUCAAGGAGUAUGAGUUGAUCGACUAUGACGGGGAGCUGGCAGCAGACACGCUGGUGGAGUUCCUGCUGGAUGUGCUGGAAGACCUGGUGGAGUUCAUUGAGGGUGACCAUGAGCUCCAGGCCUUCGAGAACAUCGAGGAUGACCCCAAACUCAUCAGCUACUUCAAGAACAAGGACUCAGAGCACUUCGAGGCCUUUGAGGAGGCGGCAGAGGAGUUUCACCCCUACACCCCCUUCUUCGCCACCUUUGACAGCAAGGCAGCCAAGAAGCUCACCCUGAAGCUGAACGAGAUCGACUUCUACGAGCCCUUCAUGGAGGAGCCACUGACCAUCCCCGACUGGCCCAACAGCAAGGAGGAGAUCAUGGCCUUCGUGGAGGAGCACAAGCGGGCCACUCUGCGGAAACUCAAACCCGAGAACAUGUACGAGACCUGGGAGGAUGACAUGGACGGGAUUCACAUUGUGGCCUUCGCAGAGGAGGAUGAUCCGGGUGAGGGAGGGAGCCAGGAGGGGGGGCCAGGGGGUCCAGGGCAGGUCCUGGCACCCCUCACCCCCAUACCCACCCCAAAUGGGUUCGAGUUCCUGGAGAUCCUGAAGGAUGUGGCCCGGGACAACAUGGACAACCCUGACCUCAGCAUCCUCUGGAUCAACCCUGAGGAUUUCCCGCUGCUCAUCUCUUACUGGGAGAAGACCUUCAACAUUGACCUGUCCCGUCCCCAGAUUGGGGUGGUCAACGUCACCGACGCCAACAGCGUGUGGCUGGAGAUGGCAGACGAGGACGACCUGCCCAGCCCCGCAGAGCUGGAGGAGUGGAUCGAGGACGUGCUGGCAGGCGAGAUCAACACCGACGACGACGACAAGGAUGAUGACGAUGAUGAUGAUGAUGACGAUGACAACUAGGCCUUGUGCUGGGCCUCUGUACCCGUCCCUGUCCCUGAGCGAGCCAUUAAAGUACCCAAAGAA